AUGCAACAGCUUCGUGAAUUGGCUUCUAACCCCCAUGGCCAUGUCGCACCAACUCCUGCACCCACCACGUCGACUGGCGCGGAAGCGCUGCCGGAACGUCGAAGCGCACUCAAGCCGCAGAAGCCCGAGUCGUUCGACCCGAGCCAACGCGACGCGAACGUGCGGACGUGGCUCUUCAUGCUCAACAACUACUUCGCCGCGAGCGGGGUGCAAGAGGCGGACGCGCAGCAGCGGAUCGAGUACGCGGUGACGCUGUUGAGGGGGCCGGCCUUGGAGUGGUGGCGCCAACUUACGCAGACUGCUGUACGGAGGGCUCAGACGGACGGGUAUCAACAGGACGUGGGGCAUGCAGCUGCAACAUCGAGCUUAGGAAGUCUAGCUUUGGGUGUUACCACGGUUCCGACCACAUGGGAAGGAUUUGAAGCGGCGCUGAAAAGUAGGUUCGAUUUGGUGAACGCCUCCGAAGCUGCUAGGAAGCGUCUGCGUCAUUUCCGACAGAUAGGCAACGUCCAGGAGUACACACGACGGUUCUUGAGCAUCUGCAACGAAAUAGACGACAUCACGGAAGCAGAGAUGCGCGAUCGCUACCUCGAAGGGUUGAAGGCGGACAUUGCGGAGGUUAUAGCGAUUCACGGGUUGUCCACCUUCGAGUCGGUAGUCGCAGCAGCAGAACGCGUCGACGCAGUACGAAGCCGACGGGGUCGUGACGAUCGCGAUAGGGGAUACAGCAGACCGAUCAACGACACUCGAUCGAGGGACGGACCAUCGCCCAUGGAGAUUGGUGCAUCGUCUCCAUCUCGAAGCAGAUACGGCAGUCAACUUCAAGGACGCUCGCAUGGUAGAUGGGAGCCGCUUCGCAUAGGACCUGUCAUUCGCAAGUUGCGCGUGGUGCUAGGAACGAUUACAGUUAGGCGUGACUUCGACUCUGCGACGCUGGACGGAUACGAUUUCAUCUUCGGGAGAGAUUGGCUACGCACGGUUAGUACUCAGUUCGAUUGGGCUCAGGGGCGCUGUAGUGUCAAGGUAGACGGGGAGUUCCGGGAGCUGCCACAGUGGAGCGAUGGGGCCACAUCAUCCACAGCUAUCAUUAAUGCUGUUCGUGUGCGACAGUUAGUGAAGCGUGCGGCACGGAUCUUCGCGGUUUUCCUUGAGGAGGUGGAAGCUGAGGAGGGGAAAGGAGGGAGUGCAGCAGUUAGUGAGAAGGCGACUCUUCCUGCUGAGGUGAGUGCACUGUUAGCGGAGUUCGCAGACGUCUUCCCCGACGAGUUGCCCCCAGGGUUACCUCCCAGCCGAGCAGUAGACCAUCGAAUAGAGUUGGAGCCGGGAAGCAGGCCAGUAGCGAAGCCGCAGUGGAGGUUGAGUCCAGCAGAGACAGAGGAGAUGACGCAGCAGGUUAGGCACUUUCUCGCACACGGGUUUAUACAGCCAUCUAGAUCGCCUUGGGCCGCACCGAUCCUUUUCGCGCCUAAGAAAGACGGAGGGUUACGGAUGUGCAUAGAUUACCGCGCACUGAACGCCGCCACCGUCAAGAACAGGUUCCCAGUACCACGAUUAGAGGAUCUCCUAGAUGCAGUGCAGGGCGCUAGAGUCUUCUCCAAAAUCGACCUUUGUUCGGGCUAUCAUCAGAUUCGCGUAGUUCCAGAGGACCAGCACAAGACGGCGUUUCGUACGAAGCAGGGGUUGUACGAGUUUAGGACUCUACCCUUCGGUUUGACCAACGCCCCAGCGACGUUUCAGACGCUCAUGAACACAGUCCUCUCCGAGUUCCUAGGUUCGUUCGUCGUAGUUUACCUAGACGACAUCCUCAUCUUUUCCAAGUCGAAAGAGGAGCACGUGCAGCACUUGCAGAAGGUCUUCGAGGUCUUGCGGAGGGAGAAGCUGUACGCGAAGCAGUCUAAGUGCGAGUUCUUCCUCCCCGAGGUCGAGUUUCUAGGUCACGUCGUUUCCGCUAGUGGCGUUAGGACAGACCCGAAGAAGAUCGCAGCAGUGCAGGAUUGGAUAGCACCGACAUCGGUCAAGGAGUUGCAGAGCUUCCUCGGUUUCGCGAAUUACUACCGUCGCUUCGUUCAGGGUUACGCAUCGAUCGCUAGUCCACUCACCGACCUACUUCGGAAAGGCGUAGAGUACGUUUGGGGUCCAGCGCAGCAGCAGAUGAAGCAGUCGCUCACGUCUUCACCGACACUGUCGUACCCCGAUCCCACUCGCCCGUACGUUGUAGUGACCGACGCUUCAGAUCAGGCCAUAGGUGCAGUCCUUCUUCAGGACCAGGGACGCGGGUUGCAGCCGAUCGCGUACGAGUCGCGUAAGCUGAGGGGAGCGGAGUUGAACUAUCCCAUACACGACAAGGAGGCGCUCGCGAUCAUCCAUGCGUAUAAGGUGUGGAGGUGCUACCUAGAGGGGGCAGAUAGUGUUAUACGCACGGACCAUUGCUCUCUUCGCUUCCUCAAGUCGCAGCCGCAGCUGAGUCGUCGCCAGGCUAGAUGGAUGGAGUUCAUGGAGGGGAGCUUUCAUUACAGGAUAGAGUACAAGCCAGGCGUUCGCAACCCAGCAGAUCCGCUCACUCGCCCUAGUUGCCAGCUCGCUAGUCUCACAGUCACUGCAGGCCAUCCACUUCUCACAGCACUCUUCGAGCACGGUUACACAGUAGAUCCCGACUUCACACCGCAGCCGCCCGCAGGAGCAGAGGUGCAGGGUAGUGUUUACAUACGGAAGGGUACAGCACGGAUUUGGGUUCCAGCCUACCGCCCUCUUCGACAGCUCCUUCUCUCAGAGGCGCACGAUGUAGUUAGUGCAGGUCACUUUGGAGCAGACAAGACGGCUAAGACCCUUAGUCGCACGUACUAUUGGCCAGGGCUUGCAGCAGACGUAGAGGAUUACGUUCGCUCGUGCGACACGUGUCAGCGUACGAAGUCCUCGCGACAGCGCAAAGCAGGACUCUUGCAGCCGAUUCCACCGCCCGACCGCCCUUGGCAGGUAGUUACCAUGGAUUUCAUCAUGGCUUUACCGCGCACAGUUAGGGGUCACGACGCCAUCUUUGUUGUAGUGGACAAGUUCUCUCGAGCAGCGCACUUCAUCCCCACGCACGGCCAGGUCACAGCAGAGGAAGCCGCGACGCUGUUCGUAGAUAACGUAGUCCGACUGCACGGGGUUCCAGAUUCGAUCAUUUCCGACCGCGACCCUAGAUUCACCUCGAAGUUCUGGAAGCAGCUUUUCGCACUGUUUGGGACUCGCUUAGCCAUGUCGUCUGCGUACCAUCCAGAGACAGACGGACAGACCGAGCGUGUGAACCAGACUUUGGAGCAGAUUCUUCGCAGCAUCACGAUGCACGACGCAGCAGCAUGGGACAAGAAGCUGAGCAUGGCAGAGUUCGCAUACAACAACACGCAUCACUCCGCCACAGGCAUGUCACCGUUCUUCGCACUGUACGGUCAGCACCCCAAUGUCCCCACUCGUGUCGAUCUCACACCCACAGUCCCACGUGCUGAUAACUUCCACCAGCACCUCACUUUCAUUCACGACCACGUGAGGAAGCACCUUGAGCUUGCAAAUGCACGCAUGGCACGCACCACCAACCGCAGUCGUCGUGAGGUGUCGUUCGCAGUUGGCGACCGUGUUCUUUUGGACAGCCGCAACCUCCGACUGCCACAGGACGGCAAGCUUCGCCCACGUUUCAUUGGUCCAUUUGUCAUUGAGCGCGCACUUGGUCCAGUCGCAUACCGCCUUCGCCUUCCCGCUCAUUUCCGCAUGCACCCGUCAUUCCACGUGUCUCUCCUUCGUCCAUACACCGAUCCCAACUCCACCUUCUCGGGCCGUGAUCGCACUCCACUGCCGGUAGCUGUUGACACCGACGAGCCCGACUACCAGAUCCAGCGCAUUCUCAGGCACCAUCGUCGAAUCCAGGGGGGUGUCUCCUGUUAG